AUGCCUGCGGUAGAUGCAACCCUCUCAUCGAUACCGAUCGACCUCUUGCUAGCAGAGUUGGCGAAGCGCGAUGAUGACGACACUAGGCCAGCCUGUGGUUCCGGAAAGCAGGGCUCCUACGACACUCCCCUCCACGUCUUCGCCUUGAUCCUAAUAUUGGCACUCAGCACCCUUGCAUGCGGCUUCCCGUUGAUAUCGAGCCAAUCCCGUGGUCGUCGCCAGAGCCGAAUCGUCUUCUACUGCCAACACUUUGGCACCGGCGUGCUUAUAGCCACUGCCUUUGUCCACCUCCUCCCAACCGCCUUCCUCGCCCUUACCGACCCAUGCCUUCCAUAUUUCUUCAGCAAGGGUUACACGCCCCUGCCCGGGCUGAUAGCCAUGGUCUCGGCGCUGGUGGUUGUGUCGCUGGAGUCGUACCUGACCACUAGAGGCGCAGGGCACUCACAUACACACCAUACGGAGUGGGAAGAGGAAGAUAGAACCGAGGAUGGGUCGGGGCUGCUACGGGGUCACAGCGCUGGUGGUCUGGCGGUCAGGCGCGGCUCGAGGCCUGGGGAUAUCGCGCUUGGCGAGAUGGGCUAUUCAGAGGGCACAGGCUUGAUGAGCGGCGUGUCACCACUGCCGGAAUCGACACCAACGCUGCAAUCCAAUGGCAGGCCAAGCAAUGGAGAGACAAACGCGCUCGGCAAGAGCUUUGCAGACGCGGAAGAAGAUGAGGAUGACGAGAGAGAAUCAAUGGAUCUGGAGCUUCACCUGGACGAGCUGACCACGCCGCGCAACCGCAGCGAGACACGAGCUCUGGCGAGCCCAGGAACGCCCAAGACCCCGGGGACGCCACACAUACCGACCGCGGAGGAGCAGAAGCGCCUGAUGCUACAGUGCGUGCUCCUUGAAGCCGGCAUCCUCUUCCAUAGCGUCUUCAUCGGCAUGGCCAUCUCCGUCGCGACGGGCCCGCCCUUUGUCGUCUUCCUUGUGGCCAUCGCCUUCCACCAGACCUUCGAGGGGCUCGCGCUAGGGUCCCGGAUCGCGGCGCUGCACUUCCCCAGGUCCUCGCCGCGGCCGUGGCUCAUGGUCCUCGCGUACGGCACGACCACGCCCAUCGGGCAGGCCAUCGGGCUGAUCGUGCACAAGUUCUACGACCCGCAGAGCCAGACGGGUCUGCUGAUGGUGGGUAUUAUGAACGCCAUCUCGAGCGGGCUGCUCCUCUUCGCGGGCCUGGUGCAGCUGCUGGCGGAGGACUUUUUGACAGAGAAGAGCUACAAGACCCUCAAGGGCAGGACGAGAGUGAAUGCCUUCCUGGCUGUGGGGGGUGGUGCGACGCUGAUGGCCGCCGUAGGAGCUUUCGCAUAG